CUACGCAUGUCUGUUACCUUUCAUACAUUGCAGGGAGAUACCGAAUUCCCACGAGUUUGAAGUGCUAGGUCAUCGCGCUGGCUGCUGAUUGUAUUCUUGCGAAUCCGAGAGUGGGUGGGCUUUGCUGCUGCUUUGUUGCCCACUUUUUGUCAUUGUUUGAUCCGCGAGAUCAUCAUUGAUAGUUGUGCGGCAGGGGUAAAGGUCAGACGUAUUGCUGUGUGCGUUAAUUGAGGUAGCUGUGUCUCUGAUUCUGAGGAAGUGAUAGCAAGCUUGUUGCUAUACAUUCCACGUCAGAUCAAAAUGCCUAGCUUCACUGUGAAGGUGAAAUGGGGGAAGGAGCUGUUCAAGGACGUGGAGCUGAACACAGACGAGGAGCCGGUGGUGUUCCGCGCUCAGCUGUUCGCGCUAACCGGCGUGCAGCCGGACAGGCAGAAGAUCAUGCUGAAGGGCAUGACGCUCAAACCGGAUUCGUGGGAUAAUGUCAAACUGAAGGAUGGCAUCACACUGCUGAUGAUGGGGAGCAAGGAGGAGGACAUUGCCCAGGUGCCGGCCGAGCGGACAAAGUUUGUCGAGGACAUGACGGAUAGUGAGCUUGCCACCGCCCUGGAGAUGCCGGCCGGUCUCACCAACCUGGGAAACACCUGCUAUAUGAACGCCACAGUGCAGUGCCUGAAGUCGGUGCCGGAACUCGCAGAGGGUCUCAAACAGUUCAAGAGUAAUUAUGGCGCCGAGGGCGGUUACGCGCAGGCGGUGACGUCUGCGCUGCGCGACCUCUACUCGAGUAUGGAGAACGUGGCCUCAGUGCCGCCCAUCAUCAUGUUGAACGUGCUACACACGGCGUUUCCGCGGUUUGCCGAGCGCGGCGAGCAGGGCGGCUUCCAGCAGCAGGACGCCAACGAGUGCUGGACAGAGCUGGUGAGGAUGCUACAGGAGAAGUUGAAACCCCGGCAGGAACAGGGACCCGACGGCCAAAUGGUGCCUUCAAAGUACGGCUCGCUGAUCGACCAGUACUUUGGCGGCGUGUUCAGCUCCGAGCUAAAGUGCGUCGAGUCUGACGAGGAGCCCGUCACGCGGUCCACGGAGAAGUUCCUCCAGCUCAGCUGUUUCAUAUCGCAGGACGUCAAGUACCUUCACACCGGGCUCAAACUGCGGUUACAGGAGCAGCUGACGAAGCGGUCGGCCCUGCUGGACCGUGACGCAGCCUACAGCAAGACGUCCCGCAUCAGCCGGCUGCCCGCCUACCUCACUGUCCAACUCGUCAGGUUCUUCUACAAGGAGAAGGAGGGUGUAAACGCCAAGAUCCUCAAGGACGUCAAGUUCCCCAUGUUGCUGGACGUGUACGAGCUGUGCUCGGAGGAGCUGCAGCAGAAGCUGCUGCCGAUGCGGACCCACUUCAAGGCCUGGGAGGACCUGAAGGCAGAGGAGGCGCGCGUGCCGGCCAACAAAGCGGCCACGGCGCCGGCGGACAAAAAGGAGGAGGUGGCCUGCGUGCCCUUCAGCUUCGAGGACGACAUGGGCUCGAACAACAGCGGCUUCUACGAGCUGCAGGCGGUGUUGACCCACCAGGGACGCAGCAGCAGCUCGGGCCACUAUGUCGGCUGGGUCAAACUCGCCACCGGCUGGGUCAAGUUCGACGACGACACGGUCACACCGGUCGAGGAGGCCGACAUCCUCAAACUGUCGGGCGGCGGCGACUGGCAUUGUGCCUACGUGCUGCUGUACGGACCCCGGCGACUCCCUGUCGAGGCACUAGAGAAGGUGAAGGCAGCAGCGGCGGCGGCAGCGACCACGGCGACAGCAGCGCCCUCUGGGGACAGCGGGGAGAAAAUGGAGCAGUAGCGCACCCUGGUGGUGCGCAGGUGGCGCCGCCACGCGGCGAGUCGGCAAUACUGGGCCGGCAGUGUCCCAGUCAUCAAUCAAUACAUGGUUCUUAUUUA